GUAUACACAGUACGGUUUUGUCGCUGGAGGUAAUGGAGAAGCUUCCCAAGCGUCCGGCUAACUACGUGCCGCUUAGCCCGGUUGGGUUCCUGCCGCGUGCCGCUGCCGUAUACGGUGACCGCACGUCCGUCGUCUACGGGCGUCUCCGCUUCACGUGGAGCCAUACGUACGAGCGCUGCCGCCGCCUUGCCGCCGCCCUCCUCUCCCUCGGCGUCCGCAAGAACGACGUCGUCUCCGUCCUCGCCCCCAACGUGCCGGCGAUGUAUGAGAUGCACUUCGCCGUGCCCAUGGCUGCUGCCGUGCUCAACACCGUCAACACGCGCCUGGACGCCAAGGCGGUGGCGGCCAUCCUGAGGCACUCCCAGGCCAAGGUCUUGUUCGUCGACAAUGACUACGUGAGCCUCGCCAACGACGCGCUACAGGUCGUCGCCGAUGCCGGCGCCCGCGUCCCGUUGGUCGCCGUCAUCGUCGAUAUUGACAGGCCCACUGGCGUCCGGCUCGGCGUCGGUGAGCUCGAGUAUGAGGCGCUGGUCAGCGGCGGCGACCCGGCCUCGGAGCUGCCCUCGCUCGCGGACGAGUGGGACGCGGUCACGCUCAACUACACCUCCGGCACCACGUCGGCGCCUAAGGGCGUGGUGUACAGCCACCGUGGUGCGUACCUCAACACCACGAGCCAGCUGCUGUCGUGGGGGGUGGGCACCGAGCCGGUGUACCUCUGGACGCUCCCCAUGUUCCACUGCAACGGGUGGACGCUCAUCUGGGGAAUGGCAGCGCGCGGCGGCGUCAACGUCUGCAUCCGCGAGAACCGCGCCGCCGACGUCUACCGUGCCAUCUCCGACCACGGCGUCACCCACAUGUGUUGCGCGCCGGUGGUGCUCAACAUUCUCCUAGACGGCAUCGGCGAGGCUCGUCGGCUGGCGGCUCCCGUCCACGUCCUCACUGGCGGGGCCCCGCCGACGGCCACCCUGCUGGACCGCGUCGAGCGGGUCGGUUUCAAGGUGACGCACUCGUACGGACUCACUGAGGCCACCGGCCCCGCUCUGGCCUGCGAGUGGCGCCACGAGUGGGACCUCCUGCCGCUCCUGGAGCGCUCACGCCUCAAGGCCAGGCAGGGGGUCAGUGUCCUGUCUCUCGCCGACGCCAACGUCGUCGACGACAACACCAUGGCUAGUGUGCCGCGUGACGGCAAAUCCGUGGGUGAGAUCGCGCUCCGCGGCAGCAGCAUCAUGAAGGGGUACCUCGACAACCCGGAGGCGAACGACAAGGCCUUCAAGGGCGGGUGGUUCAUGACGGGCGACGUCGGCGUCGUGCACCCGGACGGGUACAUCGAGGUAAAGGACAGGUCAAAGGACGUGAUCAUCAGCGGAGGCGAGAACAUUUGCAGCAAGGAGGUGGAGGAGGUGCUGCUCCAGCACCAGGCUGUGGCGGACGCGGCGGUGGUUGCCAUGCCUCACCCGCACUGGGGCGAGACACCGUGCGCGUUUCUCGUGGCCAGCAAAAAGGCUGCCGAGGUCUGCGAGGAUGAAGUGAUCGCCUUCUGCCGCGAGCACAUGGCGCGCUUCAUGGCACCCAGGAAGGUGGUGGUCGUCGACGCCCUCCCGAGGAACGCACUGGGAAAGGUUGACAAGGUGAAGCUUCGGGAUGCAGUCCGGAGUCUUGUGCUCCCCACGGCCACGUCUAGGCUAUAGGUUCGGCGCCCAUCAUGCAUGGUGAUAAGGGCAAUAUGGUCUACACAUUGGUAAAAAGUACGGUAGUGUGAAUGCUGUACCAAAAAGCAUGGCGUGGGUUGAACU